AUGGAACCGCCUGCCCAUCCCGGCCAACCUCAUAAGAAUGGCGAAGACUGGGCAGAUCGUGGAGCAAGUCGCCGGGUAGAGCACACAGUUGUUAAUGGCAUCAAGACAAAAGUCGUUGUGAAGAAGGGUGUCAAGGACUUCACCUUUGGCGAGACGCUUGGAGAAGGCUCGUAUUCGACUGUGGUAUUAGCGACGGACAGACAAACGCUCAAGGAGUAUGCCAUCAAAGUGCUUGAUAAGCGGCACAUCAUCAAGGAGAAGAAGGUCAAGUACGUCAACAUUGAAAAGAACACGCUCUUCAGGCUUGGUGAUCAUCCUGGUGUGGUGCGGCUGUACUACACAUUCCAAGACGAAGCGAGCUUGUACUUUGUACUUGAUUUGGCCACGAAUGGCGAAUUACUCGGCGUACUCAAAAAGCUCACGACGUUUGACGAAGAAUGCUCGCGGUACUAUACUGCGCAAAUACUGGACGCUAUUGAUUACAUGCAUUCAAAAGGUGUCAUUCAUCGCGACUUGAAGCCAGAGAAUGUGUUGCUCGACGACAAGAUGCGCGUCAAGAUUGCCGACUUUGGAACAGCAAAAUUGCUAGAUCACGAUGGCAGCGCGAAUGGCAGUUCGACCAACGGCAGCGAGCUUGAAGGUAUGGAGCAAUCUGAUCGCGCAAACUCGUUCGUUGGCACUGCAGAGUACGUCUCACCCGAAUUGUUGACUGAAAAGUCCACAUGCAAGUCAUCAGAUCUUUGGGCGUUGGGCUGUAUCCUCUAUCAACUGCUCGCGGGCAAGCCUCCAUUCAAAGCAAACAAUGAGUAUCAAACCUUUCAAAAAAUUGUGCAUCUCGAUUACACCUUCCCACCAGCAUUUCCAGCGACUGCUGCAGACCUCAUUCGACAGCUCCUUGUCGCGAAUCCAGUUGAUCGCUUGACCGUACCGCAAAUACGGCAACAUGCAUUCUUCCAAUCAGUCGAUUGGUCGACCCUAUGGAAAGUCAAAGCACCAAAAUUACGACCCUACAGGCCGCAGCCAGGCAUGACAAUUGAACAGCAACAACUUGCCAUGCCUCAGAGCAGCGUCCAAUUGCCCACCCAUUCAGGUACUCGCCUCGACUUUGCGCAUCAGCAUGCGCACCAUGGCUCGUAUGGCGCCGUACAAUCACAUCGCGCGCCACAACAUGCUACAGUGAACGGUGCCUCUACCACUGCAACAACACGGCCUCGCUCACGAAUUGAGUCAUCUCCCUCUGAACUCGAUUUGCAAUUUUCACAAAUAUUGAACUUGCCUGGAGAGCGCAUCUUGCGGCUAGGUCAGGUCAAUGUGCUGUCAUCUACAUCUGGCGAUGUACCUCGCAAAUUUAACAAGAUGCUUUCAAGGAAGAAGCAUAGGACUCUACUUGUUACCUCGACAGGCCGUUGUCUUUACAUUGAAGUAUCGGGAGACAGCAAGAAGGUUAAGGGCGAGAUCACCUUGUCGGGCACAACAACUGUGACACGCCUUGCAGAUGAGAUUGGCAAGAGCUUUCUUUUGGAGACACCGCAAAAGUCAUAUCUCUUUGAAGAUCCAGCGACACGGAGCUACGAUUGGGUAGAGAGCAUCAAAGAGGCGAAUGGUCGUGUGGCCGCUCGUCUAGCACAUCAAGCUGGCAGUGGGCCAGCAGCAGCUGCAGCGGCCGCCAUGGCGAAUCAACCGCCUCGCUCAUCAUCUAGCAAUAUGAGUGGGAAGAAUCUUGCUGCGUCUGCUGCUGGUACGCAUGGUGUUAUUGGCAAUGGAGCAGAGCAAAAGCAGAAGCGGCGGAGUCGCAUAGGCUUCUGA